AUGAAGAAUGACAGUCCAAAUAUAUCUAAAGUUGCUUCAGAUUUAAUUAUGGCUUAUAAAUAAUUGAUUUGUUAAUAGAAUGAUCUAGUGAUAUCUCCUAGAUAUGAGAAAACUGCAUUUUAUUUUCCACAAUCUCGUAAAUCUAUUUAUUUAAAUAUCACAGCAAUUGAAGAAUAAAUAGAAGAGGAAAAUCAACUUGACAGUCCAAGAAAAAUAAUUAUUGAGACUGAAGAUGAUUAUUUGAAAGAAAUUAGUGAAUUAAGAAAAAUUGUAGAAUAAAGUAAAAUUAUUUAAUAAUAAAGUGAGAAUGAAAUAUAUGAAUAUACCUUAAAAGUAUUUAUCAUAGCCACUAGAAUCAAACAAUUAAAAUAAUCAAAAUUAUAAAUAGAAUUCCAUUAAAAAGAAAACUAAAAAAAAUAUAGUAAUUACUAAAUACUAAACAGAUUUUCUUAGACAAUAGUAUGGUAAAAUAUAAUGA